CAAAAAAUUUAAUCACCUUGCAAAAUAAAGAAAAUUUGAAUAAUUUCACAAUUACGGAGUAUAAAUUCUUUCGUUUUUGACAAUUUAUCGUUUGGCUCGAUCGAAACUGUCUUGGAAUAGUUUCCCAUCUCUAAUUUCGAAGCUUUUAUUUUAAUAACAAUGUCCAAAAUAUUUACGCCCACAAAUCAAAUACGCCUCACAAAUGUCGCCAUUGUGAGGCUAAAAAAAGGAGGCAAGCGUUUCGAGAUCGCCUGCUAUAAAAAUAAAGUCCUUUCCUGGAGGAGCAACAGCGAAAAGGACAUUGAUGAGGUCCUGCAAACCCAUACCGUGUUCACCAAUGUCUCCAAGGGACAGGCGGCCAAAAAGGACGAGUUGCAAAAGGCGUUCAAUAAAACAGAUGAAACUGAGAUCUGCAAGGAGAUCCUGAGCAAAGGAGAACUGCAGGUGUCGGAAAAGGAGCGCCAAAGUUGUCUGGACACCCAGCUAAAUAGUAUAGUUAACUCCGUGGCUGCUUUGUGUGUAAAUCCAGAGACGCGUCGUCCAUAUCCCGCCUCCAUCAUCGAGAAAUCCCUGAAGGAUGCCCACUUCUCCGUCAAGAUGAACAGGAACACCAAGCAGAACACACUGGAGGCCAUCAAGAUUCUCAAGGACCAUAUGCCCAUCGAGAGGUCACGCAUGAAGCUGCGGGUUAGCUUCGCUGGAAAAGAGGGCGGUGGCAAGCUCAAGGAAUCGGUGGUUAAGUUGGCCAACACAGUGGAGCACGAGGAAUGGGACGAGGCCACCUUGCACUUAACCUUGCUCAUAGAUCCUGGCCAAUAUCGCGUCAUCGAUGAGCUGGUGAGGAACGAAACGAAGGGCAAGGGACUGCUGGAGCUGCUCGAACUGAAGGAAGUUGUGGAGAGCGAGGAACUCUUCUAGGAAAUAUAAUCUUUUGUUUUUCUUUGUAAUCUUGUUGAUAUUUAUGUGAAACAUAAAGAUGUUAACACACAA